UGACACCCUGACCGUUGCAUAAAUUAGGAUGACAGUGCUGUGCGGCGUUUUAUAACAACCAUUAAACAACCCAACCCGAAGCAGUUUAACAAUGUUAACGGUUAGACCCCUUUGACCGAGUCAGGCUUGUUUGUCAGAGAUGUUGUCAUGGAUCGCGGCUCUGCUGACGGGAAUCCUCUCCGCGCAUCUCGCGCAGCGCUUGUGUUUUCCACACUUCUGGAAAGACGCCUUGUAUUUAAUGAAAGUCAUACGGUACGGAGCGCGUCUGGAGAUCUACAAAAGAUCCUCGCGGGUCGUGACGGUCGUAGACAGGUUUGUUCAACAAGCCCAGCGGAUCCCCGAGAAAGCCUUUGUGGUUUAUGAAGGAGUAACGUACACCUAUGGAGAGCUCGAGGCGCGCAGCAACAGGGUCGCGCGCGUGUUCCAGGACGCGGUGAGGACGGGAGACACGGUGGCGCUCCUCAUGAGCAACGAGCCCGACUUCAUCGCGGUGUGGUUCGGCUUCUGCAAACUGGGCUGUGCCGUGGCGUUCCUCAACACCAACAUCAAGCCCAGAUCACUGCUGCACUGCUUGAACUGCUGUGGAGCCAAACUACUGGUGGUCGGAGCAGAUCUUCUAGGCUCUCUGGAGGAGAUUCUCCCAGGUCUGCGGGAGGACGGUGUGUCCGUGUGGGGUUUGAGUGCAGCGGGCGCUCGUCCUGAUGUGCACAGUCUGCUGGAUCAGAUGGAGAGCGCUUCACACGAGCCCGUCCCAGCCGAGCGCCGCUCCGUCACCUGCCUCAAAACCCCCACGCUCUACAUCUUCACCUCAGGCACUACCGGGCUGCCCAAAGCUGCAGUCAUCACACACUUGCAGUCCCUGAAAGCGGCAGCUGGGUUCUGGGCAUAUGGCGGGACAGGAAGUGAUGUCAUCUACACGCCCCUCCCCCUGUAUCAUAGUGCAGCCUCGCUCGUAGGCAUUGGAGGGACCAUUGAAUUGGGUGCCACCUGUGUCCUGAAGAAGAAGUUUUCAGCCUCUCAGUUCUGGAAUGACUGCAGGAAACACAAUGUCACCAUAUUCCAGUAUAUAGGAGAGCUUUGCCGAUAUCUGUGCAAUCAGCCUGUGGCAGAGAAUGAGAAGGAUCACAGGGUGCUCAUGGGUGUUGGGAACGGUCUCCGGCAGGACGUUUGGAGAGAGUUCCUCCGGCGUUUCGGGGAGAUCCGCAUGUGUGAGAUCUACGGCUCCACCGAAGGAAACCUGUGCUUCAUGAACCACCUCGGCAAGGUCGGAGCCGUCGGACGCUCCAAUUUCUUUUACAAGUUGAUUUUUAAGUAUGAUCUGGUGAAGUAUGACCUGGUCAGAGAUGAGCCUGCGAGAGACCACAGUGGAUUCUGCCAGCAUGUUCAGAAAGGUGAGACGGGGCUGCUGCUGUCGAAGAUCUGCAGUCAGAGUCCGUUCUUCGGAUACGCCGGGAACAAACAGCUGACAGAGAAGAAGAUCCUGCGAAACGUGUUUGUCAAAGGAGACGCUUACUUCAACACUGGAGACCUGAUGGCUGAGGACGAGGAAAACUUCAUCUGCUUCAAAGACAGAGUGGGAGACACUUUCAGAUGGAAGGGUGAAAAUGUGGCGACCACUGAGGUGACAGAGAUACUGGGACUGGUAGAUUUUAUUCAGGAAGUCAAUGUGUAUGGAGUCCAGGUGCCAGGAAAUGAGGGCCGUGCUGGAAUGGCUGCAGUGAUUGUGAGGCCCGAGUGCACGUUUGAUGGAGAGAAACUAUUCAAUAUUGUCCUCAAAGAGCUGCCAUCAUAUGCUAGACCUCUCUUCAUUCGACUGCAGGAGUCUAUGGAGAUGACCAGCACGUUCAAGCAGCAGAAGUUCGGUCUGGUGGAGAGUGGCUUCAACCCGUCCAGCAUCAGCGACCCGCUCUUCUUCCUGGACUACACAGAGAAGAGCUACAUUCCCCUCACCAGCUCAGUCUAUGAUAGUAUAUUAAACGCUCAGAAGAAAGUCUAGCGCGAGCCCUUGACAGCACCACGAGACCUUAGAGAAGUGAUUUAGCCGUGCUGACGCUGAGGGACUCGCCGGCUCGUUUGUAGCGCUGUAUAUUUGAUCAGCUUCCGUAGUGAAUUAUUGAUCAGAGCUGCAGACCGUGUCAUUCAGUGAAUGUAGAGUUAGUAGAUAUAUAAGAGGGUAAUGAUGAUAUGCUCCGAGUGGACAUGAGCGAACAGUUGUGUGUGUGCUGAUAUCGACACAGGAAGUGCACAAAGACCUUGAGACGUGGAACAGGC